CUUUUAUCCGAAUUUUUCCUCUAUCUCUAGCUACUGUUUAUAGCUUUACACUCGUUCAACCAUAGUGACAUUCUUCCUGCCUUGCCGUAACUCAAAUUGACACCCGUUUCGUCGCCACUGCUCGAUGCAUCGCAACUCAACCAUAAACCAACCCACCAUCCACUUAUAGACGACUUUUCCUUUCGCUCGGCCCAAUAGUCGGUGACUUCGGUGUGCCAAAAAGGUACUUCGCAUGGUUCGGCGGCAGCACCCAACCGAAGUCAUCCGGAACCUGGACGACGAAGCCGAUUCCGAACGUUCCGAAUCUCCCACCACGAUACGCCAUCAUCACGACUUCGGCCGUUACGUUUGCCAAUGUCGGUGGUUGGGUGUUUUGUUUCGGUUUUUAUAAAUGCCUAGUGCAGAUGCAAUAUUUGCCUAAUCUGUGCAUCGGUUCGAACCAGCACGGAUCCAAAGCAGUAGCGGUGUGAAACGGCUCCAGGCAACAAAAAAAACGGUAAAGAGUGGAGCGAGUGUUCAGUGCGUCGUGAAUUCAGUGAUCGCUGUUGUCGGAGAGUUUAGAGCACCGAGUCCAUUCAAACCGUGUCCAACCGUCGAGUUGGACUGACGCAUUUGGAGGCGUUCACGUUCCCGGAUCAGUGAAGAAACAGUGUGGAUUAAAGUGUUUUUUGUAGUUGCAAGUUUGUGUACGAUCCCGACUAGUGAACACUGUCCUCGGUUGAAGACGAUCGCGAUCACCCCAAAAAUCGCGACCAGUCCUUUUGAAGAACGUGAACACUUGGAGAAAAAAGGCCGCCAGAACAAAAAGGGAUUUGCAACAUGUGGUCCAAAAUAUUCCUAGCAACAUUCCUGCUAGGGUUGACGUUGGCAGAGAAAAAGAACGUUACCGAACAGUCGGUGGAAACACCAACCGCUGCAAAGGAAAAGCGUCAGACGGAGCAUGAAACGCGUUCGGUACCGUUGUCACUAAUUGCUGGCCGUCGCCAGCAUGCACUACAUCACCAGCAGCAGCAGCAGCAGCAGGAGUACUAUCAGAGCGAGGAAGGUUCGUUCUAUGCCGCUCAACCGAGCGCUGGUCAACCGUCGAUCGCUUACAAAUCGUCCGGUGCCGCACACAAAACGGCCAACUCGCAGGAACAGCCACCAUACCAGGAGCUUCCUCCCGAGUAUAUCAGUCUGUUGCAUCAACUGGCCGAACAUCAGCCAAAGGCAUCGGCAUUGAAGCAAGGCAAGGCCGUCAACCAGCAAUAUGAGCCCCAGAGUCACGCUCAGCACACGAAGCCUAACCAGGUACAGUACAUUACCGAGGAGGAGUAUGCCCAGCUGUUAAAGCAGGCCCAACAGCAAGGUCCCGCUGCAGCUCAUCAUCAACAUCACCCUCAUCAGCACCAGCAACCACCGCAGGGCCUUCAGGCGUACGGAAGACCGUCCGCUCACGGUGCCCCUACAGCGGCACACAAGUAUCGCCCCUCAAUUCAGCUGCUAGAAACGGCCGAAGAGCAACAGGGAUCGUACGGCCAGCAGGAUAGUGAGCAGUACCGUAUCCAGUACAAGAGCAUCCAACAGGCCGGCACAGUGACACCCGUCCCGAAGCCAGUUAGCUCUUUUUCCUUCGAAAACGAACUCGCUAAAUUGGUGGAGUCGAACCGUCCGCUAGCGUACCAUCAAGUGCCACAUCAUCCCGGACGUCAGCACGACAGUCAACACGAUGCCCAGCGGUACAGUCCGACACCAAGUCCCCAAUCGCAUGAGUACACCUAUGUCCCGGCCGGUCCCACGCACGGUCGUGAACAUGGUGCACCACAGCCGCCAAAGCAAUCGAUCAAAGCACAGUACAUUGCACCAUUCGCCCAGGGUUUGCAGCUGUCUGGUCCGAAGAUAAGCCCCGCACAUCUGCAGGUUGGACCGCAAAAGUUCGUCGACAGUGCAUCACCUGCCCAGAAGUAUCAGUUCAUUGCCCAACCAGAGUCGGCGAAGGCACACCAUCAUCUUCAGCAGCAGCAACAGCAACAGCAGCAUCAUCACCAUCAUCAUCAGGCACCGGCUCACCAAGGCCAGCAGUACUUUGCCGAGGUAUCGCCGAAACAGCAGGCAGGAACACCUUCGCCCAAAAUUCAGUACUAUAUCCCGAAGGAGAAGAACGUGCAGAUCUAUUACCAGCAGGCGCAACAGCAACAGCAGCAUCAACUACAACAACAGCAGCAGGCGAUCGAGCAACAUUCGCCACAGCAUCCAAUGAAGAUCGUCGAAGCACCUCAGCUACAAAACGAAAAACCCCAGAAAACUGUACAAUCACUCCACCGUCCGAAGCCGGCGGAACAGCAGCAAGUACACCAGCAUCGUUAUGCACCUCGUGAAAAGCAGCCCGAAUCGAACGAUCCUCAUGCACCAUCUCGUUCGGCCAUUUUCGUUUCGCAAGCCACCGGUGUUAAUCAGGCAACGGCGGCAGCCACUCCUGCUCCAUCGGCCCACGCUCACAAGAUUCCACCGAAAAUUGAUCGGCCUCUGACGCAGGAAGAAUUCCAAGCACUAGUAGAUGCUGGAUAUUCUGUAGUGCCUGUCCCGGUGCCCGUUCCCGUGCCAAUCUCUCAAUAUCAACAACAGGCAGCACAUCAUGCCGCCCAUGGUGGAGCACCACAUCCGGGACCACGAGGUGGACCACAUCCGACACCGGCCGCCGUUGCCCGACAGGCUGCGCAAGCAUCUCGCUAUCAUCUUCACCAGCUAGCGACGGCAGAAAACAACCAGAAUCAGGUUGUCACGUACCUACGCCCAUUACAUCUGGAUCCUUUCUCGGCUGGUGUUCGAGGACCGCAUAAAGCUGCUCCCUGAACAAGCACAAACUGAGCAUUCGUAUUGUAACACUAGACGUUAGGACGGAACGGUCCACUGCUUGACCGUAAAGCCGAUGUUAGCCUACAAUGGCAAACGGUGCGUCAAGUGUACCUAACACGUUAAGACGAACGUACAGCCGAACGAUAGCGUAGCAGAACCAAAUAGUACUUAGCCUGGAUUAAUUUAUCGACAGUACAGUAGAUAUUUGCAAGAGAGUGGCCAAUGUGGCGCGAAGAUGUCAGUACCGGAGUGCAGCAGUAUUUUAUCAUUAUUUUAUGUCAUUUAGCGACACAAAAAAAUCACAUUCCAGACAUACUCAAGUGCAUUAGGGAGGUUGAUUUUGGCGCAAUAUCUAGGGGCGUUCCACAAGAAGCAAAAAUGUUCUUGUGCCACGACGAAACGUAAGGUUGGUCAGUUUUGAAGAGUAUCAGUUCGUUCAUUGCGCUAUAUGUUACUAGCAUACUGAUUCUCUGUAUGUAUGGAAUUUGUAAAAUAUUUUGUAUGUUUCAUGAAAUAAAUACAGACAAAUUUUUACUCAAAUAACUAUAAA